AGAAAAAAAUUAUUUAGUAAGAUAUACAAGUAUGAAUAAUUUUUCUCAGAUAAACAAUCAAUGUUCCGACAAUUGUUUAUCGCAUCGAGCGAUAAAUUCAACUGCUUUUAUGUAACGGUCUAGGUCAUAACGUAGUUGAAAAACGUGUUCUUUGACAAGUAGUCUAUACUUAUACUCUCUGGGAAUCCCAUAAGUGUACGAAAAAUAAAAUAAGUUACUUCAAGAAAUAGUAACAAGAAAGAAGAGUAACCCGAAAUAGUAAACUACCAAACUAAUAAUUUGAAAUAGAAAUGGGAACACUUGAGCCGAUUAAUAAAAAUACUACAAGAAAAUUGCGGGAAGAAUUUUUGUAUUACGUACUUCAAUGGGAUCCGAAAUGGCUUACGGAAAAUAAUGAAAGUACAAUUCAACUAAAUUCUAUUGUGCCACUAAAGCUUAAACCGUCAUCAUUAUUUUAUGAUAAUUAUGAUGAUUAUUAUCAAGCUCAGUUAUCAUCUUUGCUUUAUGACUUUUGGUAUCAAUUAAAAGAUAUAAGUCUAAGAGGUGAAAAAUAUGAAAAAGCGCCUGACAUUACGUUAUCAAAAACUUCAUUGACAUUGAGAUGUAUAUCAGUAAAUUCAGCAAACGACAAAGUUUGUCGUGUUAAAAUGAGAACUGUAGUUCCGUAUGGUUUGAAUGUAAUGUAUGCGAGUCGAAGUAGUUUAGCAAAAUUUAAAAGUUCAUUAAAUGAAAAUGCUGAAGAAUACGGCAACCUAAAUAUCAAUUAACUUAUGAUUUGAUAAUUAAGUAUCAAGAAAAUAUGGAAAUUCCAGAUUCAAUAAUUUUAGAAUCAGUAUCGCCAAGCCUGUCAAGAUAUAUGGAUUAUAUUGAUUCAUUGAUAAAUAUUGCUAAAUCUCCAUUGUGUGAAGCGAUCUUGAGGCCAAAUAUUAGAGAAUAUGAAUUUUCUUCAAUUAGUGACAAUGAUAAAAUUGAGCCAUUAAUUGAGGAAAAAUUAAACUCCAAACAAUUGGAUAUUAUUGCAAGGACUGUUAAAACAGUUGAGGAAAAAAAACCUGGCAUAUUUAUGAUCUCGGGAGCCGCGGGAACGGGAAAAUCGAAGAUCAUUGUCGAAAGUGUUUUGGCGAUACUAAUCAGGAAAAGUGCUGACAAAAUAUUAAUUUGUGGACAAUCUAAUGGGGCGAUUGAUUACAUUGUUUUACAAUUAUUAGAUGCAAAGAAAAAGUUAUUGCAAAAAGGGACACGGUUAAAUAUAAUACGAAUCGGCCGGGAAGAUAAAAUAAAUGGAAAAGUGAAACCAGUAUCUUUUAAAAGACUAAAAAGAACGUGUCGAGAUGAGCAUGCUUCGAUGCUCUUGAAAAACACCAAUGUAAUUGCUGGGACGUUAUCGUAUUGCCUAAAUCCUCAUAUGAAGCACUUUUUCAAAGACAUGCAACUUCCAGUUUGUAUUAUUGAUGAAGCACCGCAAGCUAUAGAAGCUGAAACAUGCAUUCCACUGAUGCUUGGUGUAGAAACUUUAUUUCUUGUCGGUGAUUCACAGCAAUUUUCUCCAACGAAAUAUGCUGAGGAAGUACUUGAUAACAACUUAGGACAAUCGCUAUUUUGGAGAGCUCAAAAAAUAUUUGAAAAAGAAGAAAAUAACCCGAUUAUGACACUAGAAGACCAAUAUCGAAUGGCAGAUGCAAUCGCAGAAUGGCCCAAUAAGUUUUUCUACAAGGGUACAUUAAAAAAUUGCGCUUCCGUUCGACCUCUGGGUUUCUACAACUACAGAGUACUUAAUCACUCGUCUCCUGAAGAAGAAGGAGGCUACGUGAACAUUGGAGAGGCUAAAUUAGUAGUCAAUAUUGCCUACACUCUAAUGACUCAAGCAAAAUUAGAGAGUUUGAGUUCUAAAUUAGAUAUAGGUAUCAUUGCAUUCUCUGAUUUACAGCGUGACUUAAUAAUAGAGAUGCUGGAUGAAAGGACAUCUGAUAUUUGUAACGAUCGUAAAGAUAAAUUUCAGUUGGCUGUAGUGAAAAUGGGAGACGCGUUCCAAGGAUCAGCUUGUGAUAUUAUCAUCCUAUCUUGUGUCCGCAGUCUAGAACCUAAAUUUAUUGAUAAUCCAAAUCGGCUGUGUGUCAGUUUAACGCGUGCAAAACACACUCUCAUUAUUUGCGGCAGCUUUGCUGAAUACAACCAAAAUGAUAUGUGGGACUCUCUUAUCAAAGAUGCGCAAAAACGCAAUUCAUACUUUACCAUUGAUUAUAAUGAUGAAUCGAGUACACUGAAGCAGUAUCAAAUUUCUGAUAAUUAGAAAAAAAAAUUCUUUUAA